AUGGUACGAUCCCGGGCAGAGGCGCGUCGCGUGCUCGGGGAGGAGCCGAGGAAGGGCAAGGGCAAGGGCAAGGGCAAGGGAGGAGACAGCGGCAUGCGGAGAGGAGACGCAGGGGAGGUCGGCGAGACGUGGGAGGAGAACGAGGGAGAGGACAGUCACGAUAUCCACACCCGGAGGAAGUUCUGCAGGAAGGUACUUGAGCUCUGUCCCUUGCCCCUGCCGACGCAUCCUCGUUUCGCCGAGCUCAGAGAGCUCAUCCUCUGCUACUCUCGGGUUUCGCCUUGUUGCAAGGACUUGGAUACUAGCGAGAGCGAGGGAGACGACGAGGUCCAGUACGGCCCAGGCUACCUCCACGAUUUGCUCAACGCCGCGAUGCUGGUUGAAGUGAACAGCAUGUACUCCACUUUCACACUCAUCUGCUCAUGGCAGGAGGAAUACACAUACCUGUGCUCGAAGCACUCCAGGGAUUUCGACCUCUCUUCAGACGGCUCGGGGAGUAGAGACUGGAAGACAACCUUGCAGAGGAUCUACAACUAUGAGAAGAUGAUGAGACCGAAGGGAUCACAUCAAGCUACUGAUCAAGACAUCGAAGAGGAGCUGAUGGAAGACGAGGAGCUCAGGAGGAGGUUUGAGGAUGCCAAAGCCGGUGUUGGAGAGCCUCUUGAGAGGGUCCUGAACGACCUCAAGAGACUGAGAGAGUUGAAGAGGCUGAGGAUGGUCCACGAGGCGAGGAAGGAGGACAGGAAAGCGAGCAAGAGGGCAGCUGAAGAGAACGAGAGCGAAGCCAGAAGGAGGGCGGACAGAGCCAUGGAAGAGCUGCUGCAGGAGGAGGAGGAGACGAAGAGGACGGGAAGCAAAGCUGCAAGGGACGUUGCCAAGGACUCACAGAAGGAGCAGAGUGCGAGGGAGGAGGAGAGUCAAAAUUCUUCUCCGCCGGCGGAAGCGGAGGCAGCGGAGGAAGGGAAGAAGAAGCUGACUAAGUCACAGAAGAAGGUCCUCAAAGAGCAGAGGAAACAGGAGACCCAGAAGGCAAGGAAGGCAGAGAAGAAAGCUCUCCAGCGGCAGCGGAGGAGGGAGGAGAGGCAGGAGGAGGACGCGGGGCAAGAGGACUUAUUCGAUGAGGGGUGCGCGUUCGUCAAGGGCUCAAGGUCUAUCAGGACGACGCAGGAGUCCCCGGCCCGCCCUGCUCCCCCCAAGGCGAACUGUAUUCUCCUCCCUGACCUCCCUUACCUUGAAACGCUCGGGCGGCUCGAACCGUCUUCUGCUCCUGUUGGCAGUGCUCCGCAAGUAAUUGAUGGGAUACAGAGGAAGCAAAAGGAUUCCAGCUCCUCCCCGUCCUCUUCCGACGCGAGGAAGUCAGGAAACAUCCAUGGGCAGAGGCAACAAGUGGAAAGAGAGACGAGGAGUGAGUCUUACAUGGAACCUGGAGGGGCAGAAGCUCAAAACGAGAACCCGAACACGGAAGCUCAACCCGUUCAUCGUCCUCCGUCACACUCUCCCCUUGCUGCUCCUCACUCCUCGCCUUCCCUCUCCAGUCCCUCUCAUGCUCCCCCGAGGCAGAAUGACCAGUCAUCGUUGAGAGGAGGGGAGCAGGAGCGUCACCUGACCAGAGGAGAGAUCCUUGAGCAGAUUCGCCGUCGACAGGCUGCGAGGAAGCAGCGAGACUUCGGCACAGCCGAUCGCAUCCGCCAAGAUCUCUUCCGCAAGGGAGUCGUCCUCGAAGACCGGGGAGGGAGGACCUUCUUCUCUUACAGGACUCCCAGCACGCAGUGGGGAAAGACCGUCGAUUCACCCCAUCCUCCGCAAUGCUUCCCAUCCUCCCUGCCGUCAGCAGCGCACAGCCCGAGCGGUGCAGGAGAGCUGGGCAGAGAUGGAGGAGAAGAGGAGAGGAUCGAACGAGAAGGAGAGAUCUCUCAACGGGAACUUGCUGACCAGCAGCUGGGAACGAUGAACACUCUCGAGAACUCUUGGGGUCCCAGGGGGUGUCCAGCUGAGGAGGGGAAGGGUGUUUGGUUCCAGCAGGACUUUGCAGCGAUGCAGGACAUAGACGAGCAUGAUUUCGACCUUCCGCUCCUUGAGGAGGAGAGGAAGGAGGACGACGACGAGGAGGAGGAGGCAGGGAGGGAGGAUGUUCCAUUUCUCGAGCGGUACCACCGGGGGCUCUUAGGGAAGGCGUGGACUGCUUUUGACAAGCUGAGGGAGCUGGAGCUGGAGCUGGAGCUGGAGCUGGAGCUGGAGCUGGCGAAGGGGGUUGGAGGUCGAGAGAUGCGUCCCUUCUGGGGGUAA